CCAGUCUACUUCGCCAUGUCAGUUGAAGCGCGUGUGGAUUUCUGGUCCCCCGCGUCGUUAUGAUCUCUUCUGCAAAAAAGCGAAAGUGAUUUCGGUUUAUGGAUCGAGUUAUUGUGUGUACACGGUUCAUUGUUCGUUCGUGAAAAAAUUUUCCGACUGGUGAUUAUCGGUUGAAACUCAACGAGCCUGCAUAGAGUAUCGCAAGAUUAUCACAGGAAGCGAAUAGUCGGUAUCUGAAAUUGUUCAAUCAGGGAACUUAUCUAUUUCUUUUGAAAAUAAUUAAUCACCAACGGAACAUUCCGUUUUCUCAAUGCAUUCCUUGACGUCUGCGUUCUAGACGUUUGAAACUUAUGGAAAGUUUCCAAGAAAUGUACCGAGAACAAAAAUUAAGAAAAUUACCGAUCCAGACGAAUCAGAUUGAAGCAUGCCUCAAUGUGCCAUACUAACGUGCAACAAUACCCAUCGACGUACAAAAGGGGGUAACGUACGUUAUCAUCGUUUUCCCGGAGAUAACAAGACUCGGAUGAGGUGGAUAGAACUAUGUGGUAAGACGGUAUCGAACAGUUCAACGGCUCGAGUGUGCUCUCAUCAUUUCAGUAAAGUUUGUUACGAAAGAGACGUUCAGCAUGAAUUAUUAGGAUUGCCUUCGAGGUGUAGACUAAAGAAAGGAGCAGUGCCAGAUAUUAAUCUUCCCGAUCAAACAUUGAAGGAGGAGGUUUUGCCUGGGAGUGCCAUCGAUAUACUGCUAGCUGUUGGUCUGGUUCCUUCGCAAUCGCCACAGAAAAACUUUGGAGGUCUUCCUUUGGAUUCACAAAAGAUGCGAAUUAUGGAGGACGUUGGAGAAGGUUGUAUGGUUCAGCCUUCGUCGCCAGGACAUGCUGAGCUGCAUCCAGAAAGUGAAACGACCGAAGAGAACGGCAUAUCAACAGAAGACAACCAAGUCGAGAAAAUUAUCGAGAAAAGCGAGCAGCCCGAGAAUGCAUCAUCCGUCGAUGAAGAAACAGAAAGUAAAGACUUGAAUGCAACCGAAGACAACAACACAGAUACCGAUUUGGCAGAUUCCGCUGACAACAAACGUAAACACGAUGAAGAGAUAUCAGCAGCGAAAAGAUUCAAGCUCGACAUAAACGAAAGUUUUCAUCACAGAAACAAAAUGUUUGGCGACUACAUGGACAUGAUAGAAUGUGAUGAAUCUAAUACUGACCAUUUACAAAUGCAAGCUGAGAUACUUCAUAACCAAAUAAAAACGUUGAACGAUCUCGCACGCGAGAAGGAAAUGGAAUGGAACAGCAUCAUACAUCUGAAAAAAUUUAAAGAAGAAUUACUUUUAAGGAUAGAGCGAAAAAAACAAUUAUCUUAUAUGAACGUCGACAAAAACGACGUCGAUGAAAGCCAAGAUGAGAGUCAAGUUAAAGCUAGUCCAAGUCGAGUCACUCUCAGUAUUCCCAAAGCUUCACAGACUGAUAAAAUCAAUAAGUUCCUAGCCAGGACCCGUAGUUCUGAAACCAAUGGGUCUUUGGAUCUUAGGCAACACAUUAAAAGUAGGCCCACCUUGGACGUUCAGUCCAUAAUUGCAGAUUAUAGACAGAGGCAUCCGGAAAAUGUACCAAGGAGAGGAAAAAGAAUCAGGAAUAACUUCAAUGGAAAAAACAGAGCCUCAAAUGUUCUGAAUUUCUCAUCAAUGUCACUUGGUUCUGGUUCUCAAGUGAAACACAACAAUCUGCAAGAUAUAAGCAACGAAUUGAACCUCAUUUUGAAUUCAAUGGACCAGAGCGACAUACCCAGAUCAGCAAUGGAAACUGGUCACAGGAUUCAAGAUUCGACGUCUUUCAAGAGCAUGCUUCUUCAACUCGCUAAAUUGUCACAGACCGAAGAGAAUGAAAUUCUCCAGAACUCCAUAAAACCUCCACCACCUUAUCCUGAAGUGACGGUUCAUCCUGUUGCUUCAACAACGCCCCUUCAGAAUUCUCUUCUACACGGGAUACUAACUAAGACACCCUCAAGAGCAAAUUAUAAAAAGGCAUUCAGUCCGACUCUGGCGAGACUGUUGACUGCUCCGGAUCAGUCUGGGAACGAUCUGAAAUCAUCCCUCUCGAGUCAUUCAGGCAGUAUAUCCAUAACCGAAAUGCUUUCAUCGAGCAAGGAGGACGAUAAAAAUGAAGAUAGUAAUGAUAGACUGGUGAUCGACGAGGGAAAGCGAGAUGAGAGGAGAGAAUCAGAUAACAAUUCGGACACAGGAGACGAUGUGCCACAAUGCCAAGGCUGCAACCAAAAAACAGCCCAAUUUGUUUGUGCUGGUUGCGGAAAUCAAUGGUACUGUAGUAGGGAUUGCCAGGUUUCUGCAUGGGAUGAGCAUUCUGAAGUAUGCUGUGGUUGAGAUCGGUCUCUUCCUCCAAGAAAUUUCAUCAGCCAAUGGAACCGCUACUUAUGAACCAAAGAAUCAAUGUUAUACUGCUUUCCUUUCGAGGGUUUUCAAUGGACCGAGAGAAAAUAUUCUAUUCUAGUAAACUUUUGUUUUGAUAUCCUGCAAUUGUAGUUCAUUGAGGGUUUAAUUGUGUUAGUAAUUUAUUAGUUUUUUCAUGCAGAAUGGAAACGAAAGAAGCAGAUUAAUUGCAGAACAAUUUUUUUUAUAUUUUAGAACAUAGAUCGAACUCCAAAAAUAAUUUAUUCAACAAUGUUUUCGAGAAAUUCUUAUAACCAAGUGCGAAGGUCUCACAAAUUCAUCGUUUUGUUUGAUCAGUGUGGAUUAAAUUAACUUCAGUUGUGAAUUGAGCAUUAUGAUUGGCCACGAUAUAUAGAACAUGUGUUAGAAACACAUUCCUGAACAGAGGAAUUACGAUCAAAUUUUCUUCCUGCUGGUCAGAACCAAUAUUGAUGUAUUUGUGAAUACGAUAUUGCAGUAUUUAUAAAUGAAUCAAUGAAUUUAUACAAUGAUGAAAUAGAUCCAAAGAAAUUUUAAACAUG